GCAGCUACGCAAACGUUCACCAGUAUUUUGCAGUGGUAUGGUGUGUGCAGCCCCCACUUCUAUUCAAUGUCUCUAAAAAAAAAGGAAGCUUAAAUAAGACAUACAGAGAGAGGAAGAGACACUUUGCGUCGAAAGAAAGCUCUGUUCUGUUGGAUAUUUUGGACGUCAAGGGACAUAUAAGUAAUUUCAAUAAACGCAUCGCAUCGCUGGUAUCUCUCCCACUACUGAACUGAAGAUCGAUCGCUUUAUCCAUCGCCCCGCCCCGUCCGGCCAAUCAAAAGAAAAUAAUCGUGAUGUACAGAGAGCGAGGGAUUGGCGGGUCCAAGGCGGAGGUGGAUCAUCGAAAGCAUCGGAUUAGCGAUGUCCUCGAUAAGCAUCUCGACAGAUCCACACCGUCCAGUUCCAGACCCACCAACGGCAAGGAUUUGUUUCUUUUCAUGAACAAGCAACAACCACCUGAUUACAACAAUACUGACCAUCUCCUCUCUAAAGACAACAACGCCUCCGAUGUGGAAUCUGAAACGGACAGUGAAGAGUCCGAUGUGAGUGGGUCAGAAGGAGAUGAGACGACGUGGAUCUCAUGGUUCUGUAAUCUAAGAGGAAAUGAAUUCUUUUGUGAAGUGGAUGAUGAUUACAUACAAGAUGACUUUAACCUCUGUGGGUUAAGCACUCAAGUUCCUUAUUAUGACUAUGCUCUUGAUUUGAUUUUGGAUGUCGAGUCUUCGCAUGGUGAUAUGUUCACAGAGGAACAAAAUGAGUUGGUUGAAUCUGCAGCAGAGAUGCUUUAUGGACUGAUUCAUGCUCGAUACAUAUUGACCAGCAAGGGGAUGGCAGCUAUGCUGGACAAGUACAAGAACUAUGACUUUGGGAGAUGCCCAAGAGUUCACUGCUGUGGACAACCUUGCCUUCCUGUUGGUCAAUCAGACAUUCCUCGGUCAAGCAAUAUUAAAAUAUGCUGCCCCAAGUGUGACGAUAUAUACUACCCACGUUCCAAGUAUCAAGGCAACAUCGAUGGAGCAUAUUUUGGGACGACAUUUCCUCACCUGUUCUUGAUGACUUAUGGGCAUCUCAAGCCACAAAAGGUAGUGCAGAGCUAUGUUCCUAGAGUAUUUGGGUUCAAGAUACACAAACCAUAAUAACGGAAGUUGAAGCUUCUUUGGGUCACAAAGGCAUGCUUUAUUUUGACAUGCUUUUGGAAUUCACUUAGGCUGCUGGAGUUCUCCAAGUCUAACAAGGAAAGCUCUCCCUCUAAAAAACGGAGGGUAAAAGAAAAACCCUUGUACAUCUGAUGAUGUAUCACGAAGCAAGUCUGCUAAUGUCAAUGUAGUGAUCUUCAAUUUUAGCUGCCGAUGCAAUUAUGCCCUCGCCCUCCUCCCUUCCCCCGGUUUUCAGUGUUGCAAAUUUGCAGUUUUCUUUCUUGGUAGAGUAAUUUCAUAAAUUGCCUUGCAAUAUCUUCUUAGCACUUAAUUGAUCAAGCACUAGAGAAAAUUAUUUGCGGGUAUGCAAAGUUUGUUCUUGAAAUUUAACAACAUCGGGAUGUAUAUUUUAGCUCAUCUUCCACUCGUGUUUGAAGUGAGAUUUUAUGCUCGGAUUUUAGAGGAUUUUGUGUGAUA